AUGGUUCCCUGGGCCGGCGAGACGGAGCUGCGGCUCAACGCCAACCAGCUCUUCGUGGGCGUCGUGGCCUCGGGCCUCUGGAUCUACAGCCUCGCGCAGACCGACUGGGUCAGCGCUGGGCCGGUCAACGCUGGCCUCUUCAGCCUCGCCGUGGCCGUCAACUGCAAUGGCACGACGGCCAACGCGACGGGCACGUGGGGCGACGUCUGCAACGUUGUGCUCACGAACCGGUCGAGCUGCUUUGUGCUGAGUGAAAUGACGAUCGUCGCGCCGCUCCCGACAAACCGCGACGUCGCAACCGUCCGCGCCAUCUGCAGCCACACGGACGCGCGCGUGCAAGUCGCCUAUCUGCUCAUCACCGCGACGGUCUUCUCGCUCAUCGCGCUCUGCGUCGGCGUGUCCUUCUUACUCCGCGACGUGCUCGUCUCCAAGCACGUGGCGGCGCUUCCGAGCUUGAUCUACUUUGUCAGCGCGCUCUUUGGCAUGGGCGCCGUGCUGCACUGGCACGUCUCGUUCACCGACGUGCUUACCGGCACCGGCUCGGGCUACGUCCUCGCGAUCGUCAGCACUGUCUUGCUGACGCUGGUCGCCCUCUCGAUGGUGGUCACGGGCUGCCUCCCGGGUCUGUGCGCGAUCACGGGCGAGCCGCGACCGAUGGCCCAGCAAGGCUUUGGCCUCCGACUGCGGCGCACCUGUAUAUGGUGCUCGCGCACCUGCCGGCGUCGACCGCCGACGCCGUACGACGCCUACCGGUCCAUGCCGCCCGCGACCACGGCCGUCGUCUAA